AUGGCAUUAGAACAAUCAUUAGCUGCUUUGUCUUUAGCUACUGUUGCAUCUGAAUCUUCAGUUCCAACCAAAUCUUUAAUCUUUAAACCAAAAACAGCCAAGACUGCUACCCCAGUUCCAAUCUUUGUAUUUGCAUUACAAGAAACUCAAACUCCAGCUUCAGUAAUUGCUAAAGCUGCCAAUGUUAAGGAACCAAGAUUGGCUAAGGAUGAUUUAGUUCAAGAGUUCUUUGCUACUUCUACCAAAGAAGUUUCCAUUGCUAAUUUAAAUAAAAAUUUAAAAGAUAAAAUUAAAAUUAUUAUUGAUGAAAGUAUUAUUAAAGCCGCUGGUCAAGAUCUUGUUUUGAAAUUAUCUACUGAAUCUUCAGCGGUUUCUGUUCCUGCUAAAACAGUUGUUGAAUUCUUAGAAUCAACUGGUAUCGAAUUGAUUAGUGUUGAUUUCUCCGCUGAACCAGCUGCAACUACUCCAGCUUCAAAGUCGGAAUCCUCCACCAAGAAAGAAAAGAAAGAAAAAGAUACUGGUAAAUUAGAAGAUGCAAAAUUAAUCGGUAUUACUUCUGAUAAAGUUAAAGAUUUCUCCUCUUGGUAUACUCAAGUUCUUACCAAAGGUGAAAUGUUAGAUUAUUAUGAUGUUUCAGGUUGUUAUAUCCUCAGACCAAACUCAUAUGCCGUUUGGGAAACCAUCCAACGUUGGUUCGAUGAUCGUAUUAAGAAAUUGGGUGUUCAAAAUGCUUAUUUCCCUAUGUUUGUUUCCCAAAGAGUGUUAGAAAAGGAAAAAGAUCAUAUUGAAGGUUUUGCCCCUGAAGUCGCUUGGGUUACCAGGGCAGGUAAAUCUGAAUUAGAAGAACCUAUUGCCAUUAGACCAACUUCUGAAACCGUCAUGUAUCCUUAUUAUGCUAAAUGGAUUAGAUCUCAUCGUGAUUUACCAUUAAGAUUAAAUCAAUGGAAUUCAGUCGUUCGUUGGGAAUUUAAACAUCCACAACCAUUUUUAAGAACUAGAGAAUUCUUAUGGCAAGAAGGUCAUACUGCUCAUUUAACCAAAGAAUCUGCUGCUGAAGAAGUUUUACAAAUUUUAGAUUUAUAUGCUGGAGUAUAUGAAGAAUUAUUAGCUGUUCCAGUUAUUAAAGGUACAAAAACUGAUAAUGAAAAAUUCGCUGGUGGUGAUUAUACUACAACUGUUGAAGGUUUUGUUGCUGCUACUGGUAGAGGUAUUCAAGGUGGUACUUCUCAUCAUUUAGGUCAGAAUUUCUCAAGAAUGUUCAAUAUUUCUGUUGAAGAUCCAACCAAUCCUCAAAACCCACCUAUUCAUGUUUUCCAAAACUCCUGGGGUUUAUCUACUCGUGUUAUUGGUGUUAUGGUUAUGACUCAUUCUGAUAAUAAGGGUUUAGUCUUACCACCAAGAGUUGCUCAACAUCAAGUUGUUGUUAUUCCAGUCGGAUUAACUUCAAAGACCACUCCAGAACAAAGAAAAGAAAUUAAUGAUGGUGCUGAAGCUAUUGAAAAGAGAUUAUUGGCAUCUGGUGUUAGAACUAUUGGUGAUUAUAGAGAUAUUUAUUCACCAGGUUGGAAAUUUGCUGAUUGGGAAUUGAAAGGUAUUCCAAUUAGAUUAGAAUUUGGUCCAAAAGAUUUAGCACAAAAUCAAGUUACAGCAGUUAGAAGAGAUGAUGGAAGUAAAUAUUCUAUUAAUUUGAAUGAUUUAGAAACUAGAAUUCCAGAAAUUUUAGAUGAAAUGCAUGAUGGAUUAUUAUCUAAAGCACGUCAUGAAUUUGAUACUCAUCGUAUUCAAGUUGAUGAUUGGAAAGAUUUCGUUCCAACAUUGAAUGCUAAGAAUGUUAUUCUUGCUCCAUGGUGUGGAGAUAGUGAUUGUGAAGAUGAUAUUAAGGAUUCUUCUGCUAAAAAGGAUAAUGGUGAUGAUGAAGAAGUUGAUGAAAAGGCUCCAUCUAUGGGUGCUAAGACUUUAUGUGUUCCAUUUGAUCAACCAGAAUUGAAGGAAGGACAAAAGUGUAUCAAGUGUGACAGGUUGGCUGCUAAAUACUGUAUGUUUGGUAGAUCUUAUUAG